ACGUCCGCCGUUCUCGGCCCACCCACCCAUGCACAACCGCCAUCCGAGUCACAACAAUCCUCUUUCUUCGCCGCUCCCACCGCACAGCAUGCCGAAGGCUCUCAGAUCACAGACCAACCGCAAUUCGUAGAUGAAGGCACCGAUCCCUUGUCGCCGACACCGCUCGAGAUGCCCUCUCCUGCAUUCGUUCGCCGUGAGACUACCGAGCCCAUAGGUCCCUCUACCGACUUGCCCACUCCGAUGCCGACCACGCCUGGCUUUGGCACUCCCAGCGGUCCCGUCAUUACGAUCAAUUUGCUACUGAGCAGCACUGGCACACGUCAUCCCUACCGCAUAGAUCAGAAGUAUCUGGCAAAACGCAAUGUCACGGCCGAGAACGAGACUGGUGAAUUCGAUCCUUUCGUCAUCAGCGUCUAUACUUUGAAAGAAUUGAUCUGGCGGGACUGGAGAGAAGAAUGUCGAUUCAGCGACUCGGCACCAAACGUAGUACAUAUGAGCGUCAAACCCCAAGAAGUCAUCGACGACGAAGAGAAUGCAAAGUCAGCAAAGGGCAAAAGCAGCGGCGGUGGCGGUGCCAGGCCUCGCUCGCGCGGCGAUGGUGACGAGCCAACAGCUGGCUGCCGAUGCGUCCUUCAG